CACUAGUAGUAAUCUGCUUCAUAAAAUAUACCAAAAAUAGAAAGAAAAAAACAAUAAUAUAUAUUUUAGCUGCUGUGGCAUCCGUCCUAUAACCAUACAUAAAUAGAUGCUUUUGUUUUGUUUUGCUUGCUGUUGUUUAUCUAUGGGAUCAGUCGUAGGGCGUAGAAAACAGAGAGAGAAGAAGGCGAAACCAAAAGUAAAAAACCACCUCUCCUUUCUCUUCCCUCGCGUUUUUCUCAUAUCAAUGAAUGCUGUUCAUAUCUUGUUUAUACGUAUGUGUGUAUCUCUUGCCAGACUAGACUUCCAACCGCACCCUCCCUCCACACCCUCUUUUUAAUUAUUUCUUAGCAAUUUGUUAAUUAUCAUCCGAAGGAAGAGGAAGAAGAAAGGAGUGUAGUUUAUAUUCAUUAUUUUAUUAUUAUUUAUUCAUGAGAGGAAGAGGAAGAAGAAGAUUAUUAGUAUAUGAUAGAUAGAUAGAGAUGUGGUAUUGUAAUGGCUGUCCUCAUUUCUUCAAAGAUCGAUUUCACGCCUGGCUUCGCGAUUACGACUCUCUCCAAUAUUUAGCCCUCUUUCUCAUUUACCUUCAGAUUGGUUGCUCUUUGAUCGGAUCCCUUGGAGCUUUGUACAACGGAAUCUUGCUCCUUAAUUUGGCCAUCUCUUUGUUCGCUCUCGUCGCCAUUGAGAGCAGCAGUCAGCGCCUUUGCCGUACCUACGCUUUCCUCCUCUUCUCCUCUAUUCUCCUCGACAUUGCCUGGUUCAUCCUCUUCUCUCACCCCAUCUGGAACAUUUCCUCUGACAAGUAUGGAAUGUUCUUCGUCUUUUCAGUGAAACUCACUCUGGCAAUGCAAAUCGUUGGUUUUACAGUGAGGUUGCCAUCCUCAUUGUUAUGGAUUCAAAUCUACAGAUUGGGGGUUCCUUAUAUAGAUAGUACAGCUACUCGAGAAGCAGAUUUUGAUUUAAGUAGUAGUUUUUUCAGUCCAGCAACUCCUGCUACUCUAGGUAGAGAAUGCUCAGAUUCUGAUGUUGUUUCAGGUGGUUCCAUUUACGAUCCAGCUUAUUAUUCGUCUCUUUUCGAAGAUGGACAGUACAGCAGACGUCUCCGUCAGGAUAAAAACUCUGGAAUCUGUGACGAUGGAUCUACUUCUAGUGCCGAAGCUUCUCAGGUGAAGGUGACCACACGCAGAGCUUUUGAAGCUGUGUGGAUGUAGGUAUACGGAAAUUCGUCCUAGAUUAUGUUGACUUCCAGUAAAUUACCACCCUUAAGGACAGUGUUGUAAUUUUGGCAAGCAAUUUGAUGAGAUUUUUUUUUUUUUUUAUCGUUAUCAUUAUUCAUUAUUUGAGCUCUUGGAGUUAAUUUGCUGAUUUUACUUGUACAUUCAGCUAUCCCAAUGGACUUGUGGGGGUGAGGUUUUUUGUAUUUAGUAUUCCAAGCUCGUAAUUUACCUAUAGCAUAUGUCACAUCAUAAGAAACUUGUUUGGUCUUUUUAUCAGCAAGUUUUCCAUCUGUU